AUAUCUGUUAAUGAUGUUACCUUCUCCGAUAUCCAAGGUCGUUAAAACUUAAAAGAACACUCAAAUGUUUUACUUCUUUUUGUAUAAGGACUAGAGGAACUCAUGAACGAAGUGGUUGUGAUAUCGAAGUUGCAACAUCGGAAUCUAGUGAAAUUACUUGGAUGUUGCAUUGAAGGUGAAGAAAGGAUGCUAGUAUAUGAAUAUAUGCCAAAGAAAAGCUUGGAUGCAUAUCUAUUUGACCCAUUGAAGCAAACGAUUCUUGAUUGGAAGACUAGAUUCAACAUAGUGGAAGGAAUUUGCAGAGGUCUUUUGUACCUUCACAGAGAUUCAAGACUAAAGAUCAUACACAGAGAUCUAAAAGCUAGCAAUAUUUUGUUAGAUGAGAAUCUAAACCCGAAGAUAUCUGAUUUCGGACUUGCAAGAAUCUUCCGAGCGAAUGAAGAUGAAGCUAACACAAGAAGGGUUGUUGGAACAUACGGCUAUAUGUCACCGGAAUAUGCAAUGGAAGGUUUCUUUUCAGAAAAAUCAGACGUUUUCAGCUUAGGGGUUAUAUUUCUAGAGAUCAUUAGUGGGAGAAGAAACUCUAGUUCUCACAAGGAAGAGAGUAAUCUAAACCUUUUGGCUUAUGCGUGGAAGCUGUGGAACGACGGUGAGGCUGCUUCUCUAGCAGAUCCAGCUGUCUUUGAUAAGUGUUUUGAGAAAGAGAUAGAGAAAUGUGUUCAUAUUGGACUGUUAUGUGUGCAAGAAGUUGCAAAUGAUAGACCGAAUGUUUCAAAUGUGAUUUGGAUGCUAACUACCUAGAGCACGAACCUCGCUGAGCCGAAGCAGCCUGCGUUUAUAGCAAGAAGAGGAGCUUCUGAGGCUGAAUCUUCUGACCAGAGUAGUCAAAAGGUAUCUAUCAAUGAUGUGAGCCUCACAGCUGUAACAGGGCGUUAAGCUCACCAAGCCAAUCUCUGUCUCUUUAUAUAUACAUAAAUUAUGUAAUAUAUACGUUUUGAGAAACUCAUAUCUUCACAAGUUUUGUUAUUCUGGGUUUCUUCAAUGGUUAGAUCAAUGAAUAAGAGAUGUAAUUCAGAUU